AUGUCCAAUGAUUUUGAGAUUAAACGUUCUGCACUGUCUAUCUCGACUUCAUCCUUUAAUGCCUUCUGUGAAGAAUUAGCAAAAAAUGAUAAUAAAAUAGAAGCUCAUCCAUUAAGAGGAUGGAUGAAAAAAAAGAGUCCCGCUCUUUUAAAAGGAUGGCAAAAGAGAUAUUUUAUGCUUAUUGAAAAUCCUUAAGAUAAAACUUGGAAAUUAGCUUAUUUUGAUAAUGAUGUAAUAAAAACUAAAAUUGUGAAUGUAGAAAACUAAUACAAGACCCAAUGGUGCUAUUGAUCUUUCAACUAUCACAUCUAUUUCAUAAGUAUCUAAAAAAGAAUUCACUAUUAAUUUACCAGGCAAAAAAUUAGAACUUAAAGUUAAACCUCAAGAUGUGUACCAAAAAUGGAUUAAUACUCUUAAUGAACUUCGAUUAACAAACAAUCAAGAAAGAACUAAACGAUAACUUAGUAUUGAAUAAAAUAUCAAAAUCUCUAAUGAUAGUCCCAGUAAAAGUAACACAUUUAUAUAUAUUUUGUAGUAUCUACAAAUCAGAAGAAUUUUGAUACACUCACUGUUUAGUAAGCAUAAACAUAAAAGGAAAAAUAACGUAAUUCAAUAUUAAUUGAACCAACUAAAGAUAAUAAAAAGAAAAAAAAUAAAGAAAAUUUAAAUCAAUUAUCUAAUGAAAAGAUGAUUGAGCUGGUUGGAUUGAAAGAAUAUAUUAAAAAUAUGAAUGAAUAAUUUAUUUAUCAAAGAAUGAUUUAUGGCUAUUUAGGUAAGAGAAGUAAAGGUAAAGUCAAAUAUUUUCAAAAAAGAUGGUUUAUUUUAGUAUCUGCUAAACCUUUAGUAUAUAUUUAUUUAUAUUAUUAUAGUAUUAAGAAUAUAAUGAUGAAAAAAUCUUGACAGAAGCAUAAUUACCUCCAUGGUUAGAAUUAGAUACAAUAACUUAUUUUAAAGAAAAAGAAGAAGGCAAACCACCAAAAGCUAAAGGAGAUGUUCGUAUGAUUGAUUGUUAAGAGAUUAUCAUAAAAGAUAUGUCAAAAUCAAAAGAAAGUGGAUUUACUUUUAAAUUGAAUAUGGGUGAUAGAUUAUAUCAUUUAAUGGCAGAUAGUGAAUAAGAACGUAAAAAAUGGUAAUUAGCUCUGAGUUUAUCAAUGAAAACAACUAAAGAAAUUCAUAAUGCAUUAAAAAUAAAAAUAAAAAAAAAUAUAGAUCCUAUAAUUUAAAUAUAUGAUGAAGAACAUCAAUUAAUGAUAAGAAGAGAAAAGAUUAAGCAAAAAUUAGAGUAGGAUAUAUCUAAAAUAUUGAUUCAGAAUGAUUAGGAUUUGACUAUAUUAGUAAAACAAUUAAGUGAGUUAAGAUAAGACAUGUUAGAAUCAAUGUAAGCAUGUAUAGUGAAAGAUCCUUAAAGAAAAGAUAUAAUAAAAGAAUAUACAGAUAUUUAUCAUGAAAAGAUUUGUGAUAGAAUCACAUUAUUUUGGGAUGAGCACUAUAAAUAAAUGCAAGUAUUUUACACUAAAAUGAAUUUAGUUACCUGAAUUAUUACUUUUAGCUUAGUGGCUACAUGAUUACUUAAAUUAGAUGAAAGAUUUCUUCAAUGAUGAUAGAAUCAUUUAUGGUAUUAGAGUUCUAUUAAAUAUUUAUGUGAAUCGCUCACUUGAAAAUUUAGAACCUGUAUUAAAUACAAUCAUAGAAUAGGAAAAAACAUAAGAACCAACUUUCAAUGAUCAAUAGUUAUUAAUUACUCUCACUCCUGUAGAUUUAUUUAAAAUAAUAAAUGAAGGAUUUGAUAUGGCAUAUAAAUUAUGUCCUUGUAAAGAGAUUAGUUAAAAACUUGCUGGCUUUGGUAAAACUAUCUUGUAAUAAUAUUAAUAUGGAAUUUAAGAGAUGAUUGAUGAAAUACAAUUUUCAACAUCUAAAUUAAUAGCUAUUUGUAAUAAUACAUUAUCUUUGCAUGAUAAUACUAAGAAUUAUUGUAAAGUACUCCAAUAAAUUGGUAAUUUAAAUCAAGAAGAGACUGACAAACUAUUUGAUAGUUAAAAGAUAACUAAAAAUUUUGUUUAAAUUGCUAAUAUUUGCAGAGAUAAAAUAUUCUACUUUUAUUUCAAUAAUGUAGGAAUGCAUUUUAAAAAAUUCUACCUCGAACUUUAAAUUAUUGAUAUUCUCAAAAUUAUAAUUGAACCAGCAACUGAAACACUCUUUUAAUUACAUGAUAGUUUUAGUAGGAAAUUAUGGAAAUAACUUCUAGAUUCAAUAGUUCUAUAUUAUUUUAAUUAGUUUAUUAUAUCUUGUGGAAAAGCCAAGAAAGAGAAUUAAAAAGAAUUUAAUAUCAAAUUAGAAAAUGAUAAAGUUAUUUUAAUUUAGGAAUUAGAAACCUUUAUUUUUGAAAAAUAGUUACUUGCCUCAUUAAAACCAUUUGAUGAUAUGAUUAAUUUUAUUAAUGAAGAUUCACUUAGUAUUUUAGAUCCAUGCAAAAAUUUAAGAAUGUAUUUUGGAAGAGCCUUUACUGAAAAAACAAUAAAAUCGAUAAUGUGUAUUAGAUUUGAUUUAGAUAAAGAAAAAAAGAAAGAUACGAUUGAUUUUUGUAAGAAUUUAAUUGAUGAUAUAAACAAAAAUGAACCAGUAGAAAAUUAGAAUAGAAUUAUGGAUGUACUUGGUUAAGAAGAGGAAUAAAAUUUAGAUGAAAUUUAGAAUCAAUAAUAGUUGCAAUAAUUGUAAUAAUAAGAAAACAGAAGAGCAGAUAUAUUUUUAGAUUUUCGUAAUGAUGAUUAAUUAUAAGUAAUAUAUAUUUAAAUUAGAUACCUGAAUAAUAAGAGAAAAGAAGUUCAAUUGAAAAAAAAGAAUUUAUAGAUGAAGGUUAUUUAAAUAAAAAAAAACCAAAAUAGAAAGGUUGGGAUUAUAGAUAUGUGAGAAUAAGAAAAGGUUAAAUGUAUUGGUAUAUUAAUGCAAAUUCAAGAGAAGCAUAAAAUAAAAUAAAUCUAUAAAAUAUAGAUGAAGUUAUUGCAAAUUCAAAAAAACCAGCUAAUUUUAAAAUUUAAUUAGAAGAUUCAAAAAUUUAUAAAUUUAAGACUUAAAGCAAAGAGGAAUGUGAAUUAUGGAUUAAAUCAAUUCUGAAAGAAUAGAAUUAAUUGGAUUCAACUGUACUAACAAUAGAAGCUAUAGUAUAUAUAUAAUAUAUUUAGAAAAUAGGGAAUGGUAAAAAGGCAAUUAUUUAGGAUUAUGAUGAAAUAGCUAGAAAAGAACGUCAAUUAUAAAAAUAAGAAGAAAGAAAGAGAAAGAGAAUAGAAAGAGAAAAUGAGUAUUUUUUGAUUGUUCUAUAAAUUUUAGAAUGAAAAGGAAAUAGCAAGAACAAAAAUUGUUACAACAAUAAUAACUUAAAGAAUUAGGAGAUAAGCCUAAAUCUAAUUAGGUAGAAGCAUUUGAAUAACAAAGAGAACCAGUAAUUAAAUAUUAAUAUCAUUAGGAUUACAAUUAAAAGUAAUCAACUUCCUGUUGGACUCAAUUUUUGAUAGCAUUAGGAAUUGAAAGACCUAAAUGA